AUGUCCAUCGAUGUAGCUGCUUCUCCACCUGCGUCACUCGCGCAGUUCACAGACCUCAAGCCGAGGUGAGUGCCAACGCAGGCAGACUAUGUGCUUUGAUUCGUGGCAGAGCGCAACCUGCUCACACUGUCAUAACGAGUCCACCAACUCCGAACGCACAGGCAUACUUUUCCCGCUGCUUUUCACCCACAUUCAAUCUAAGCCUGGAAGAGCACCUCUUCCGCACUCGUCCAUCUCACAUCCCCGUUUGUCUCAUCUACAGAAUUUCGCCAUGCGUCGUCCUUGGGCGCAAUCAAAAUCCUUGGAAGGAGCUGGAUGUGCUGGAAAUGAGGAGGCUUGAACUGCAGUGGGUUCGACGAAGAAGCGGGGGUGGUGCAGUUUAUCAUGUAAGCAUUCACUUGACGAGGACCACGAGCAGACAGCCGCUCCCUUGCGCUUGGACCCCACGCGCGUACGCCCAACUGAAGACAUCCUCUCUCCACUAUUGUAGGAUUUGGGAAACGUCAAUUACUCUUUUCACGUAGACAAGGCCGACUUUGUCCGCAGCACGCAUUCCGAGUUGGUCGUGCGCGCUCUCAAUGCCGAGCCGAUAGGGUUGCAAAGCCCUCAGCCUGGUUCUCCAUCCGCGACAGAGUUUCUAGGCACGCAAGCAGGAGCCUACGUAAAUGGCCGAAACGACAUUUGCGUCCGGGUCAGGCUAGGAGGAGGGUCAGACUUGUCCGCGAACGAUGGAGAGGCAGGACCAGCGACGCCGGAAGCGGGCGGCGACGAGUCGCAACUUCAGCCUGAGCUUUUAGGAGCUGAGCGCAAAGUAUCCGGUAGCGCAUACAAGCUCAUCAAUGCGAGAGCUUACCAUCACGGAACGAUGUUGCUGUCCGCCCAAUUGUCCACCCUCGGCUCCAGCCUCAGGCCAAUCCGAGGAGAAGCAUUGCAAAGCAAAGGAGUCGCCUCCGUCCCUUCUCCUGUGGUCAACCUGUGCGCUGCCUAUCCUCAUCGAGCUCAUGCCCUCGACCUGGAGAACUUUGAGCAGGGCGUUCUCAAAGAAUUCGAGAGGAAGUAUGGGACGGCCAAAGUGCAGCAUGUGGAAGAGGAUCAUGCGCUUGUCCAAGAUGAGCGCUUUCUCAAGGGUAGAGAGGAAAUGAAGAGCUGGCAAUGGACACAUGGACAGACGCCCGAAUUCACACAUGAUCUGCGGUACAGCAACCAGGUCCGUGCUGUUGUCGAUGGUGCUUUGCGCGAUGUCGACUUCACACUGCAUUUGCACGUCAAGGGGGGCUUGGUGCAGCAAGCAAAACUCGACAUACAACGAGCCCCAUCAUCGAUGAUCUCCGACGCGCUAGGAGAAAUGGCGACUAAAUUCGUAGACGUACCUUAUGACGUACUUGCAAGCGCACCUAGGCGCGAGGGGGGAACAACCCGGCACGCCGCAGAUCUGCGAGAUCCUCAACAAGUGGCUAAAGCUUUGGAACAGGAGGCUGAAAGAUCUUUGGAAGCCUUGGGAUACAAGCUUGGCGAUCUGUACCAGCCACGGCGAGACGUGUUGCUCGACUUUGUCCGCUGGCUCAAGUCGAGUCUGUGA